CAACGCUUCAUCGUUCGUAUUUUAAAAUCUCUUAGCACUUACGGCACUUUAUCACGGAAUUCAUUAUGCGUAUUUAAUUUAGAAAAAUCCACCGGCUCUGCAUAUUUUAAUCUGAUUUAUUCAACGCUAAAAUUUAACGUCGUCAAUUUUAGUUCCGCGGACUGUACUGGAAAUCGUACCCCGCGGGAGAAGUACAGUCAGUUUGUGCAUCGUGCUUGAAAGUUUUCUUCCGAUUCUAUAUUUUAACUUGACGAAAUGGCUCGGCGACAAUAUCAUUCGACUUGUUCAAUCAUGAAUAGUAAUCUCUAUCCAUUUCAGCUGAUCGCGUGGAGAUAUGAAAUCAAAAAAUUUCAGGUAUCAUAGCGCUCUGGCUGGUCAAUAAAAUAGCCGUCGACUGUACUCGGACAGCAAUAAACGUCGGGAGAAUUCGACCACCUUCGCUGGAAUUGUAUUGACCCAGAAAAGAGUCCCAGAAACUACAAAUCUACGCUCCCCUCUGUUCUCCAAUAUGUGUCUGCAACUAGGGCUCAUCACCGGUCUUGGAAUAAGCUUGUAUAAUUCAAACGUUCCCCGAAGAUUUUUAAAGACUCCAGUCAGCUCUGCGUAAAAAUGUAUCUGUGACCAGAAUUCAGCAGACUUUUAUCCAUCUUUUAUCAAGCAUACAGACAAGAUGCUGAUGCGAUGUUGGCUGGUAAAUUAAACGCAGGCUAUGAAUGGGAGAUAGCAUUCAUGACGCUGGAUCCGCUUGCCCGGCCCCCAUCAAUUUUUUAAACAAUGUAAUUCGACGAUAAAGAUUUGAUGAUUCAAUUUUAUCAAAUGAUGCAUCAAUCUGUACUCUUACGUCGUAGCGCUUGAUUUUACAUCAUUUCGCUACCAGAGAGCUGCCCACCGAACAGUAUAGUUAUCACCUCAAGUUCGCAUAUGCGUAUAGGACAAGUUUCUUCCACAAGUGGAUUAUAUGAACUCAUCAGCGAUACGUGUUUUUGCGCCUACACAAAUUGAGUAUUUUGCUGACGAUGGCAUCAUGGAUGGCAGACUAGCGAACAGAUAGGGUCCGAGACUAACUGGUAACAUCCGCUUGAUAAAGUCUCCAGUCUGUCCGUUUACGACAAUGCUUCAAAACCGGAGAUCAUCGCCUGUCCUCUCAGACGGUCAGAAACCAACGCGGCCCAGCUUUGUCUCCGACGACAUGAUCGCGAAGGCAGCAAGCGUGGUAAACGCUUGUCAGACGCAAACAGGGGUGGCUACCGCUGACAUCGAAUCCGUACGAAAUGGAAUCUGGUCAGAGGGACGACCUUUGAUGUGUUACAUGUACUGUUUAUGGGAGCAGUUCGGAUUGGUUGACGACAAGCGUGAGCUAAGUUUGAAUGGAAUGCUGACGUUUUUUCAAAGAAUGCCAGCGUACCGAGCGGAAGUCCAGAGAGCCAUUAGCGAGUGCAAGAGGAUCGGUAAAUACUUUGCGAACGGUGACAACUGCCAGUACGCCUAUACGUUCAACAAAUGCUACGCCGAAAGAUCUCCGAGGACAUACUACCUUUUCUAAACUGAUGCGCGGAAGUCAAAGAACAAACCAUCAGACUGCUCAAGAUUAGAAUCGCGAAAUAUGUUUAAAAUACAUGUUUGAAUAAUCAUAAAGUACCUACAAUACAGAAUAGUGUUAAGUGUAAUCGUAAUGAAUAACAUGUAAUUACAAUGUGGAUGAUGUAUGUAUAUGUGAUAAAUAUCAUGUUUUACAAUGAAUGAAAAAAAUUUCAGUAGAUUUGAAUGAUUAGAUGUUACAUCAAGGGCAACAAAACCACUGUAGACCAAUGUUAUGAAUGUUAAUUGUAAAACGCAUUUGUUAUGAGAGAACAUUUCUCUAUUUGAAUAAAUCUAUGCAAAAUA